CGGCAUUUUGGACUUCAGACGCUGUUCGGCGCUCUAGCACCACGUGGAGGAUCCCUUCCUUCCCGGCGAAACGCACCGGCAGCCCCUGAGUCUGUGAAACACCCCAGAAACUCAGCAGCAUCCAAGCAUUUCAGCGCUGACACCGGAGCGCACGGGCACGCAGCGGUCCGCCGGAGCGCACUGACCGGGAGGCGGACAUGGGCGGGAUGGACGCACCGAACCAAAGAACCGCUGGGGUGGGAGAGGCAGGAGCCGGAGGCGUGAGGAGGGGCAGUAAAGCGUCAGUUUCCAUUUAAUUCCUGCCUUUUACGCAGCGCGGAGAGGUACAGUAGUCCGCUGCCUGACUGUAAUCCGCUCGCCGGGAGGAGCAGGGAAAGCCCUUCCCAGGCUGAGCCGGAGUGAGGGAGGGAGAGUUUUAAGUAGGACAGGGACCGAGAGAGUUGAAAAGAGCGCUUUGUCAUAUUUGGAGCUUUUGUCCUGCUGCUGGAGGCUUAAAUGAACUGACUGAUACGGACUCCAAAGGGCGACUCUCAUUCAAGCUGCUGGAAUUCCACUUGGCAUCAUGAGCGGACCAACAAAUGUUCAGUACCAGUCAGGUCUUUAUGGAGGAAACAACAACAGCAGCUCUCCUCUCUCCAGCCGUGGAAACUCGCCCAUCGUGUGUGAGCGCUGUGGGGAGGUUUGUCGCGGGGAAGUGGUGCGAGUCAAGAACACACAUUUCCAUGUUCACUGCUUCACUUGCAAAGUUUGCAGCUGUGACUUGGUACACUCGGGUUUCUUCCACCACUCUGGCGAAUACAUCUGUACAGAGGACUACCAGCGGCUCUAUGGCACCCAGUGUGACAGCUGUGACCAGUACAUCACUGGGGAGGUUGUAUCUGCUCUGGGGAGGACGUACCACCCACACUGCUUCGUCUGCAGCGUCUGCAAGAGUCCGUUCCCAAUUGGAGACAGGGUGACCUUCUGCGGGAAAAAGUGUGUAUGUCAGCAGUGCUCGCACUCUCUGAACAGCGACAAGCCCGUCAAGGUCCACGGGCCGAGCUACUGUGCCGGCUGUGGCGAGGAGAUCAAACAGGGUCAGUCACUGCUGGCUCUGGAGAGGCAGUGGCACGUCAGUUGUUUUAAAUGCCGGACGUGUGGCUGUGCGCUCACUGGAGAGUACAUCAGCAAAGAUGGGAUUCCUUACUGUGAGAGCGACUACCACACUCAGUUCGGGAUCAGGUGUGAGGGCUGUAGCAGGUACAUCAGCGGCAGAGUUCUGGAGGCUGGAGGGAAGCACUACCACCCCAGCUGUGCCAGGUGUGCCCGCUGUCACAUGAUGUUCCUGGAGGGAGAGGAAAUGUACCUCACAGGUUCAGAGGUUUGGCACCCCAUGUGUAAAGAAGCAGCUCGGCUGGAGAGAAAACUGAGGCUGAGACGAACCUCUGAGACGGCGUCCAUCUCUCCUCCAGGCUCGUCUCCUCUCCUCGGCUCUCCCCACCGGCUCAUCUGUUCCAAGGCUGACGGUGAUGCUUUGGACUAUAAGCACCUGGCGGCUCUGCCCAGGGUCAAAGCCAUGUAUGACAUUCAGCGGCCCGACAUCAUCCCUUAUCAGGCCGAUCAUGCACACACACACCUCUCAGAUGACACUCUGGAGAGGUACAGCUGUGGACAGUCACUGGGCUCCUUAUCGCCGUACUCUCAUGAUCUCUUGGAUGGCAUGGAUUUGAGAACGAGGCGUUCCUCCAGCUCUGCCUUCACCGACUCCCCUGCACACAGUCGCCACGGAGGCUCCCCGCUGCAUUAUUAUCUCCCUGGCAGUGAGAGUGGCAGGAGUUCACCCUAUUACAGUCAGCCAGAGCCCAGGUGUGCUACACCCAGCACCACCAGCUUCCAAGCCCCCAAGCAUUUCCAUGUGCCAGCUUCUGAGGAAACCAACAUCUACAGGAAACCCCCCAUCUACAAGAGACAAGACAUAUCUGCCUCUCCGACAGUCAAUAAGACAAAGACCAAUGAGAACCUUCUCAAUACCAGUCGGCUUUCCACCUCAAACUGUAACAGCAUUUAUCACCCAGAAUCCAACUACUACCCAUAUACUGGAUCUCCAAAAGUCUCCAGGGUGAGGAGAUUCUCAUCUGGAGGAGAGGAGGAUGGAUGGAAUCAUAACAUAAACAGGGGAAUUGGCAGGAUGAUCCUGAAGGAGGAGAUGAAGGCACGAUCAGGUUGUCACGACAAUGACCAGUGGGGAAGCAGACGCAGUUCUCGCUGUAGCAGCAAGGAGACGUUGAACAAUCUGGGCUACGGCUCGCUUAAUGGAUCUCCCAGGUCCGUCUACAGCGCAGACAGCGACUCGUACAUUGCCAAAUCGGCCUCGUUGCCAGGCUACGGGAGAAAUGGACUAAACAGGCAGCCAGGCAGCGCGAGUGCAGAUUAUUACCAGUAUGAUAGCAGCAAUGCAGUUAAUUGGCAGAUCAGAGAAUACAAGAUCUACCCAUAUGAAGCCCUGAUGGUGUCGGUCAGAGGGCAGAAGCGUCUCCCCAGUGAUGUGGACCGAGCCAGACUUGAGCGUCACCUCUCACCAGAAGAGUUUUACAGAGUCUUCGGCAUGUCCAUGUCCUCCUUUGACCGCCUUGCUCAGUGGAAGAAGAAUGAACUGAAGAAACAGGUCAGACUUUUCUGAGAAAUCAGCAGAGCCGUCUGACCGAGUGCAGAUUCACCACUAACAGUGUAGCUUCCAAUAAGGGUUUACUGACCCCAGCUCGAGUGUGUGUCUCAGUGGAGUCCUGAGAACUGAACAAAAUAAAUGUUUUUCUUCCCUUGAGGUGGCAGAAAGAAAAGAACUGUUGGCUGCCUCUUCUUGGCCGCUGUAGGACUACUUAAGCAAUAUGGAGGAAGUCAGCCAAAUGGGCCAAACUGGGGGGAAAGUGAAUGAGUGGAAGAAGACUGGAGGGAGAGCAGAGAGCUGCACUGGGACGAUAACUCCGUACCAGCAGAUGGCAGUGUGUUAACAUGAGAAAUAUGGUCUUUGCUCUGCUGAAAUACUUUGAACCAAAUGGAUGGUCUGCCACACUUACAGUGAGGAAGAUGGUUUGUGAAGCAAAUCUGGUUGGAGGACAGCAGACGUUACGCAGUCAGACAGACACUGCCCUCAGCCACCCAUAAUCUGACAGGACAAGUGAAGAUGCACUGUGUGAUCCUUAUCAGUAGGGUUACUGAGCAUGAUAUAACGUGCAAACACUGACGACCCAAAGUUUUCUCUCGCUUUUUUUUUUUCAAACCGUGUGUUUGAUUUCGAUGUCAGUUUUUUCUGAAGCCAUAUCAGUGUUAAUACUUCUUUUCUACGACAUGAGCAGACUGUACAGUUCACUGACGCGUGUUUUGAACUAUGAUGUGAUGUGAAUGAACUGGCUCAAAGCUCAGAGCUGUACAUAAGUUUAGAAGUGGGAAUGAAUAGCACUGCACACUUUAAAACAUGAUAACUGUGCUCCACUUAUUUUAUUUAAAGAAAUCAAACUUUUGGUCUAUUCAGAUUUGCAGCUGCACUCCAGAAACAUCACUGAAUGUCAGCUGCUGGAUUACAAUUAAGCCACCAGACUGAAUCAUGUUUGCGCAGUUAAUCUGUGUGUGUGUAAUUACAGCAAAUGACUAAUAGGAGGGUUUUUAUGAGUGAAUAUUUAGAAGGGAUCUGAAUAAAGGGAAGGAUUAUUAUGUAAAAAAAAAAGGGAAAUGGCAAGAAGAGGAGGAAUGUGCGACGGGUCGCAACAGGAAAAUGAAAACAGAUCUAUGUUUCUGAUAAACAGGUAAGACAUAUCGUCUAAGCUGAAAUGGAUUUAGAAGGUGAAAUAAACAAGUUGAGUUUGCUCAUGUGCAGGAGUGUUUUAACUGAGUGUAAAAGGUGGGAUAAUGUGCUGUUUUUACAGCGACUGAAACCAUGCAGAGUGUGUUUGUUGGUAUUGUAUGUGUGUGUGUUUACAGUUUGCAACAAUUAAUCACGUUUACCACAUUCAGUGUUUACGGAACUACAAACUAACUUAUUUUUUGAUUUAUCGGAGGUCCCAUUUAUCAUUUUUAGCCCCAUUUCUGUCACUCCGGCUUCUGAAUAAACGAUUCGAUGAUUUGC